GGUGUAUCUCUGGAAGCAGAUCUGGUAUCGAAGAAAAUCAUGAGACAGGUUAUGAAGAUAUUAGAUUCCCUUACCGUAAAAGUCAGCGGGUUCAGCGAUCCUGUGCGCGUGCGCGCCACCGAAGCCAGAUGCGACUUUCCUAGGCGUCAUGAUUGGGACCUUUUCUUCAUGAAGAAUAAGCUAGAUGAAAGUAAACCGGGUGAGCGACCAGACACCGUUUACUUGGAGAAAAUACCAAUCAAAUGCAAGAGAAUUUAG